AUGUACGCCUUUCUUCCUUCUUCAAUAUUUUCUCUAUGUUUGCUCAUUCUGUAUUCCAGAACUCCCCACGCCAUCAUCGACCAGCGCAGGAGGAUCCUCGGUGUGCUAGCUGGACGACCAAACGACCCGAACUGGCAGCCCGACGUCGCUGAACCUGCCGCUGCUCUUCUCGAGCAAACGCGCAUCGAAGGUGACGCUAUGGAUGCCUGGACGGAUAAGCAGUACGACGCUCGACGGGGUGAUUUUCUUGCGAUGACGACUGGUGUGUCGUACGGCGGUGGUCAGCAGGUUGCUUAUAAGGUCUGCCAGGUGCCUUUGGUCGGCCGCCUGCUGAGGGGCAAGCCGUUCAAAAGAAUGGCUGGCUUCGCAAGCUCCGCCUUCAUGACAUAUGCGCCAAAGUUAUACAAACAAUACGCAGACGAAACAGAGGCGCUGUACGCGCAUGAUCCCCACUGUCGACGCCCAUUCAAAAACGCUGUUUUCCCUGCCUGUACUUUCAAUUUAGGUCCACAAUGCUGCUCUCGAGGUCACUGUGACUCAGGCAACGUUCCCCACGGGUGGUGCGCCGUAUGGGCUCUAGGCAACUACGACCCAAAGUUCGGUGGCCAUCUCAUUCUUCUCGAAUUUGGUCUUAUUAUUCAGUUUCCUCCUGGUUCCCUUAUUCUCAUUCCCUCAAGUACCAUUCGUCACGGCAACACCCCCGUCCGCCCCAACGAGACCCGUUAUUCGUUUACCCAGUACUGCGCGGGCGGACUUCUUCGCUGGGUGCAUCACGGCUUCGUACCGGCUUGGCUACUGACGGAUGACCAGCAUAGGGAGGCAUACGGGAAGAAGGGCGAACGAUGGAUGGAGGCUCUGAGUAAAUAUUCUGUAUAUGAAGAACUCGCUGCGGACUAUCGUGCUUGCUUUGGAGAUGGAGGUUUUGAGGAUUCGGAGGGUGGCGAGGAGCUGUCGGACGAGGAGGAUGUUUUGUGA